GCAGGGUAUGUGAAUGGUUUUUACCUUUCAGACCAGAGAACAAAGUACACAGGAGAGACGCCUGUGACAUACAUUAUUCUGGAUACACAAUUCUGGGAAUAUUAUUGUCAACACCAAAAGGCCUAAAUCUACCGAAACAACUACCUGAGUGGGUGAACAAACGUGGAGUAACUGGGCUCUGAGGAUUUAAUGGAUAUUGUUUGCCAAAUGGAUUGUACCUGAAGUCGGAGAGAAGGUUGUCAACGGAACUACCAGCCAGGACUCCAUUUUGGAGAAAAGGCAGCUGAUCACCAUGGAGCCCCCCGGAGGACUCCCGGUGCCCGUUGAUGUUCUGGGAGAGAAUGAAGCGCUGCAGCAGUUCUUUGACGGAUGCCAGGAUAUGAGUGGGGUCCUGGAGAGUGCUGUGGUGGACACCAGCAUACUGGAACAGUACCUCAGCAACGACAUGGACCCAACAUUCAUGUUACCAGAGUCACCACCAGAUUCUGGUUCAGAACCGUGUUCACCUCCGCAAAUACCAGACGUGAGCUACGGCUACCAGGAAGUCUUCCAGACAGUGACACGUCCUCCAGCCUCAUCAUGCCGAUAUAAAGAGCUGGCACCACAACCCCCACCACACCCAGGACUGCCAUACCACCAGGGGCUGACUAACUCUUACACCAAGGCAGGCACAUGUCCAGGCUCACUGCCCCACAACCCCCCUCCACCACCCCCACUACCUGAGCCCAGGGAGAGCUAUAUACAGUCUAACACUGCCCCCACACCGCCUGUCCACCACAAGGCUCUCCAGCAGCAUCAGCCUCCUCCACGCCAAGGCCUGGCAGACAGCUACCCCAGGGCCAACGCACCCCCGGUCCCAGAACUACCUCCAGGCCAAGCCCCAUACCUAGCCCCAGGCCUCGGGCUGCCCUCAUCCUGCCUACUACCUGUGUCUGGAUGCCCUUCAGAACCAGGAUAUUCAUACCUGCCUCCCACAGCUGGUCAAUACACAGGGAAGAGAAGACGAACAGAACCCCUUGAGGUACAGAACCAUUUAGCGGCUGUUCCUAUAGCAGGGGGCUCUGAGAGGGGAGGCGGUGACGUCCCGUCCUAUGACAGUGACGGGGCCACAGAUGGGGUGGGGACCUAUCAGCUCCUCACCUGGGAUCGCUACCAGCCUGGGCUGUGGACACCGCUCUACAACAGUAACUAUGACAUCCUCCCUUCCCCCGGUUACCAUGUGGACACCGAUAAAGGUUUCAACUACUCCACAGCUGACGAGUCCUUCGUGUGUCAGAAAAAGAACCACUUUCAGGUCACAGUUCACGUAGGGAUGGCCGGAGACCCCCUGUACGUCAAAACACCCAACGGCCCUGCGCCGAUAGAGAGCUUCCACGUCAAGGUGUUUGGCGUGAAGCUUGAGGCACAGACUCACAAAGUCACCAUAGAGCAGUCCCAGCCGGAUCGCAGCAAGAAACCAUUCCUGCCAGUCAAAGUGAGUCUACCAGGGGACAAGAUCACUAGAGUUACUCUGGGAAGACUGCACUUCAGUGAGACCACUGCCAACAACAUGAGGAAAAAGGGUAAACCCAACCCUGACCAGAGGUACUUCCUGAUGGUGGUGGGUCUGUACGCCACAGUGAGGGAAGAGAGUUACCUGCUGAUAGCGUUCAUGUCAGAGAGGAUCGUAGUCAGGGCGUCGAACCCGGGCCAGUUUGAGAACGACAGUGAGGUGUUGUGGCAGCGAGGACAGGCUCCGGACGCGGUGGUGUACCAGGGGAGGGUGGGCAUCAACACAGACACCCCCGAUGAAGCCCUGGUGGUCUGUGGCAACGCUAAGAUCAUGGGGCAGGUUAUGCAUCCCUCCGACCGCCGCGCAAAACACAACAUACAAGAGGUGGAUUCAACAGAACAGUUGAAGAGAAUAUCUCAGAUGAGGAUUGUGGAGUAUGACUACAAGCCUGAGUUCGCCUCAGAGAUGGGGAUCGAUCACAUACAUGAAACGGGCGUCCUAGCCCAGGAGGUGAAGGAGCUGCUGCCCACUGCUGUCAAAGUGGUGGGGGACAUCACCUGCAGCGACGGAGAGAGGAUCCGCAACUUCCUCAUGGUGGACAAAGAGCAGAUCUUCAUGGAGAAUGUAGGGGCUGUGAAGCAGCUGUGCAAGGUGACUGACAACCUGGAGAACAGGAUUCAGGAGCUAGAGGGGUGGAACACACGGUCAGCCAAGCUAAAGGACAUGGGCAGCCCUGCUAACAGCAGAAACCCUGCUAACAGCAGCACUACAGGAAAAAUAAACAGACACAGCAGUGUUCCACCACCACAGAAGCCAACACCUCUCAAAUCUGUCAAGGCAAAGUUCCACCACUGCGUAAAACACAAGUUUGUGCAAGUCAGCAUGAUCAUUCUGGUAGCAACAAUGGCUUUCUGUUCUAUUGCCAUCACAGCUCUCUACAUGCUGACUCUGAGAGACGACGCCGGCAUGCUGCUUCCUGGAAACACCAACGAGACUACUGUGCAUCCUCUUUACACCACAACAGUCAGGACUACCUCAGUAAACCCAACAACCACCCUUCUCAGGUGA